AUGUUGAUCAAGAUAUAUUGUGGAUUUAUUUGCAAGUUUUGUGGGAAGCGAGAACGUUCAAAUGUAGCAUUGGAAAUACACAUGAGAAAACAUACUGGAGAGAAACCAUAUGCCUGUACUUAUUGUGAGAAGAGGUUUGCCAACAAAAUCCGACUGUCUGGAACAGGUCUGAGGAUUCCAUCAACAGCAGACGACAACAUGACGUCACAAAUUGUCAGUAUCGCGGAAAAAUUUCGAUGUCAAUUUUGCAAUAAAGUGAAUGGGUCACGGCUCGCCUUGGAAAGACAUAUGUUGACUCAUACAGGAGAGAGGAACCAUGUCUGUACAGUAAGUUUAGAUGCCGGUAUAGACAAUGUGGCUAGAUCCGGAGGAAGAGGUCCACUUUCAUUACAAGGCUGUCCUUUCUGUCGGAAGGUUUUUCUUAGCAAGCACGACCGGAUGAAACAUAUACGCAAACAUACUGGUCCAUGGGUCAGAACGAGUAGUAAGCUGUACAAAUGUGAGCACUGUGAGAAGUCGUAUACGUCAGAAUACAGACUGAAAUAUCAUGUUUCAAAUAUACACACACAAUUACCAAAGAGGAACACUGUAUGUGUAUAUUGCUCCAAACGAUUUAGUAUACCCAAGAGUUUGAAGCGUCACAUAGCAACUGUUCACAUGGGAGUAAAGAAAUAUGAAUGCGAGACUUGUGACAAGAAAUACGGAAGGAAACAAGACCUCCAAUGCCACAAUCGGCAGCAUCACAGCUCACCUAAAUAUACGUGUGUGUUAAAUGCAGUAGGUGAUCAGGUAUCGUUGGCUGGGAUGAAAGCAUACAGAUGUAAUAUUUGUAACAAGAUCUGUGCCUCCCAGAUUGAUCUAGAUAGACAUAUGAGAAAACAUACUGGAGAGAAGCCCUAUGUUUGUCACGUGUGCAGCAAGGCGUUCUCUCAAACUAGCAACAUGUACACACAUAUGAGGAUGCGGCAUGGAUUAAAUAUUCAAAAGAAAAAUAACUAG